UCUACGAAUAGAUGCGGAAAAGAGAGAAAGGAGAGCAUAGCGGGCAUACAUAGAUAGAGGGCGAACGACUGUUGCCCUUCAUCAUUUUAGCACAGUUUUAUACUGCUGUGAGUCCGUUGUCUGAUUUUAUUGAAUUAGACUAAGAUAUACACUGAGCCUCUGUGGAAAUGGCGCCGCCAGACAGCAAGAAAAUAUUCUUUGAGAACCUGUUGGGAGCGGGGAAAGCUAUCGCUGUGCUGACAAGCGGAGGGGAUGCUCAAGGGAUGAAUGCUGCUGUACGUGCUGUGGUUCGAAUGGGGUUAUAUGUAGGAGCCAAAGUUUAUUUCAUUCAUGAGGGAUAUCAGGGUAUGGUGGAUGGUGGGGAGAACAUAGAAGAAGCCACUUGGGAAAGUGUCUCCAGCAUGCUACAAGUGGGCGGAACUGUUAUUGGCAGUGCCCGCUGUAAAGAGUUUCGCACCCAUGAGGGACGCCUGAAGGCAGCUCACAACCUGGUGCAGCGUGGCAUCACCAACUUGUGUGUGAUCGGUGGAGAUGGCAGUCUGACGGGAGCCAACCUCUUCAGGGAGGAAUGGAGUGGGUUGCUCACGGAGCUGGUGGAGCAAGGCUUGAUUGAAGCUGACGCUGUACAGAAAUAUUCAGCCCUUCACAUCGUGGGCAUGGUUGGCUCAAUCGAUAACGACUUCUGUGGAACUGACAUGACAAUCGGCACUGACUCCGCUCUGCACAGAAUCAUUGAAGUGGUGGACGCAAUUAUGACAACAGCACAGAGUCACCAGAGAACGUUUGUGUUAGAGGUCAUGGGCAGACACUGUGGAUACCUGGCCUUGGUGAGCGCACUGGCUUGUGGGGCAGACUGGGUGUUGAUUCCUGAGAUGCCCCCUGAGGACGGCUGGGAGGAUAAGAUGUGUCAAAAACUGUCUGCGACCCGUUCCAGGGGCACAAGACUGAAUAUAAUCAUAGUUGCAGAGGGAGCCAUUGACAGGCAUGGAAAGCCUAUAACCUCUAGUUUUGUCAAGGAUAACCGAGCAGGAAUGAAAAGGCUGAAUAUCAUAAUUGUAGCCGAAGGGGCGAUUGAUCGUAACAACAAGCCCAUUACUACUGAUUAUGUCAAGAAUCUUGUUGUCAAAUGCUUGGGUUUUGACACACGAGUGACAAUCCUGGGCCACGUUCAGAGAGGAGGGACCCCCUCUGCUUUCGACCGCAUCCUGGCCAGUCGUAUGGGUGUGGAGGCUGUUCUUGCCCUUCUGGAGACCACAGCCAACACGCCAGCCUGUGUGGUCUCAUUGUGCGGCAACCAAUCGGUGCGCCUGCCUCUGAUGGAGUGUGUACAGAUGACUCAAGAGGUCCAGAAGGCCAUGGAUGAGAAACGGUUUGAGGAGGCAGUGAGGCUUCGGGGCAGGAGUUUUGAAAACAACCUGAAGACAUACAAACUGCUGGCUCAUCGUAAACCAGAAUCUGAACUGCCAACUAGCAACUUCAACGUGGCAGUGUUGAAUGUCGGCGCCCCUGCAGCGGGCAUGAAUGCUGCUGUCCGUUCAGCCGUCAGGGUGGGCAUCUCUGAAGGUCACAAAAUGUUUGCUGUCAGUGAUGGCUUUGAGGGGUUCUACAAAGGACAGAUUAAGGAGAUUAAGUGGGGUGAUGUGGGAGGAUGGACGGGGCAAGGUGGAUCUCUGUUGGGAACCAAAAGAACACUUCCUGCAAAGCACACUGAAAAAAUUGCUGAGCAGAUGCGAAAGCACAACAUUAAUGCGCUGCUAAUUGUUGGUGGAUUUGAGGCCUUCCUGUCACUGCUGGAAUUGUUAACGGCGCGUGGGAAAUAUGACGAGUUCUGUGUGCCCAUGGUCAUGGUCCCAGCCACUGUCUCCAACAAUGUGCCGGGCUCAGACCUCAGCAUUGGCGCUGACACGGCUCUGAACGCCAUCACUACUACUUGUGACCGCAUCAAGCAGUCGGCCAGUGGGACCAAAAGACGCGUGUUCAUCAUCGAGACCAUGGGAGGCUAUUGUGGCUACCUCGCCAGUGUGGGAGGCCUGGCUGCUGGAGCUGAUGCUGCAUACAUCUUUGAGGAGCCAUUUGACAUCAGAGACCUGCAGGCCAAUGUUGAACAUUUGACAGAGAAAAUGAAGACCAGCAUUCAAAGAGGACUGGUCCUCAGGAAUGAGAACUGUAAUGAGAACUACACAACAGACUUCAUCUACCAGCUGUACUCUGAAGAAGGGAAGGGAGUGUUUGACUCGAGGAAGAAUGUGCUGGGACACAUGCAGCAGGGCGGAGCACCGUCCCCAUUUGAUCGCAACUUUGGGACCAAGAUCUCUGCCAAGGCGAUGCAGUGGGUCACCAAAAAGCUGGUGGAGACCUUCAGACAGGAUGAAGGCCGAGUGUUUGCUAACAGUGAGGACACCUGCUGUCUGCUGGGGAUGCGUCGCAGGGCUCUGGUCUUCCAGCCUGUUGUACAACUCAAGGAUGAGACUGACUUUGUUCACAGGAUCCCUAAGGAGCAGUGGUGGUUGAAGCUGCGUCCUCUGAUGAAGAUCCUGGCCAAGUACAAGACAAGCUAUGAUGUUUCAGACUCUGGACAGCUGGAGCACGUCGUACGCAACCGACCUAAAGAGUCAGAUGCUUCGGUUGCCAUGUGAAGACCAGUACAUACGGUGGCCUGCAAAGUCUGUAUGUGAGACUGGAGUUUUGUGAGGUGUCAGUCCGUGUGUUGUAGGAGGUCAACAGCGUCUGUUUGACCUCAUACUGUGUUCAUUUACUGUCAUUUCCUUCAGUGUCACUCCUCUCUGUUUUGUCUAUGAACUGUAAGCUAGCCUCUGCAGUGUUUCUAAUAUCAAACGCAUACACGCACAUAUACACACAGCUCUCCUGCCAUGCAUCUGUGUGUCCUUGUUGCCCUGGAUGUUUAGUGUCACCAUUGUUUUUAAAUUGCACUUUCUCUGUCCGCACUCGCUUAGGCAGGCACGAGGACAGAAUAGACACACUGCAUAUGCUGUAAAAACCAGUGUGUGUAUCUGCAUAGAACCAGUGUGAGGUUCAGCAUAUUUAUGUGAGACUGAUGCAAUACAGUUCUGCUGCUGCCAGUCAAAAGAACUGUGUGCUGUGCUUGCCACUGAAACUAAUAUUUAUCUUUUUAACAUUGUUUAUUUUGCUCGUAAACAUGGAUAUAUUAUUAACUGUAGACACUGCUGUACUAAGUAGCUGUCUGUCAUAUUGCACCGACAAGUUAGAUGUGUAAGAGACUAAUGUUUCCCACAGAAUAAAAAUCAGAGAUGAGAAGUGUG